AUGCAAUCCCGACUGCUUAUAUCCGUUUUAGUGAUCAUUAUAGGUUUAGCCGUGGUGAGUAAAGCUAAACCGCAACACCAUCAUUAUCAUAGCCAUAGCCACCGUCAUAGCCACAGUUCCGAAAGGCACUUUCAUCGCCGUGGUAGUAGAGAACGCGGAGGAUUUGGAAGACGCGUAGGCGGAUUUGGUGGUGACAGUUUUAGCGGUCCUGGCAGUUUCGAUCGAAGAGGAGGAGCCUUCGGAAAUGGCGGAUUUGGAAAUGUUGGCUUUAACCAAGGAGGAUUUCUGCAAAAUGGCGGCUUCAGACAAGGCGGUGGUUUCGGUCAAGGAGGUUUUGGUGGCGCCGGAAACUUUGGAGGCUUCCCAGGAUAA